AUGUUUAUAAAAAAAAACGAAUUUUUUUUUUUUAAUAUUUAUGAUUUAUUAAAGAAACGAAAGUUUAGGUUUAGUCACUUUAUAGAACGUACGAAUGAUAAUUUUAAAAAACAAGUAAAUGAAGAAUAUGCAAGGGUUCAACGCAAUAUUUCGUUAAAUGAGGAUGAUAUAUUAAAAAUAAGAAAUGUCAUGAUAAGAAUUGGGAAUGAUAAAAAUAUACUUAGUAGUAUUAUACAUACAUAUAAUAUUCCUUCUUUUUUUUUAUUAGAUAAGGAUGUAAGAAAUCAUUUCUUGAGUUAUAUAAAAGAUGAUAUAAGUUAUGCUGAUCAAUUAAGAAAUUGUAUCCUUAUGCAUAAUGAUGUUGAUGAAAACAAGGAUGAUGAUAAUUUUUUUAAUGUACAAGUUAAAAAAAAUAAUAAUGAAAAUAUAAAACCUGAUAAUUAUUGUAACAAAUUGGAUUUAUUUAAUCAUUCCAAUGAAAAUUAUACAACCACCCCACCUAAUCAAAUAUAUAAUAAUAACAAUAAUAAAAAUAAUAAUAACAAUAAUAAUAAUUAUUAUUAUAACAAUUAUUGUUGCGAUAAACAGAAUAUACAUAAUAUUACAAAGGAAAAAUUAAAAAGGUCAGAUGAAAUUAUUGUCAAUAUAUUAUUAAUUUUUAUUAAAAAAUAUUAUUAUAAGCAAUGGAUGUUUUAUGAACACAUAAAGAGAUUAUGUGAUUAUACAGAAAUAAACUUAUACAUAAAGAACAAUAAUAAAAAGAAAGUAAGGAAUAUACAUUUGUAUGUUGGGCCACCGAACAGUGGAAAGACAUAUCAUGCUUUUCAAAAAUUGAUGUUAUCAAAAAAUGGAUUAUAUUGUUCUCCUUUAAGAUUAUUAGCAUGGGAAGUAUAUUCAAAAUUAACAAGAAUGAAUAAAAAAGUUAAUUUAUUAACAGGUCAGGAAAUAAUAAUUAAACAUAAUAAUAAUAAACAAUAUGGUGAUAUUCACCAUAAUAAUAACCAACAUGGUGAUAUUCACCAUAAUAAUAAACAACAUGGUGAUAUUCACCAUAAUAAUAACCAACAUGGUGAUAUUCACCAUAAUAAUAAACAACAUGGUGAUAUUCACCAUAAUAAUAACCAACAUGGUGAUAUUCACCAUAAUAAUAAACAACAUGGUGAUAUUCAUCAUAAUAAUAACCAACAUGGUGAUAUUCACCAUAAUAAUAACCAAGAUGAUAACGUUACACAUACUGUAUGCACCAUAGAGAUGACCCCUUUAAAUAAAGAAUACGACUGUGCGAUUGUUGAUGAGAUUCAAAUGAUUAAUAACGAAUCAAGAGGACACGCUUGGACCAAUGUUCUUAUGAAUUUAAAUUCAAAAGAUAUAUAUCUUUGUGGUAGUGAAUACAUUAUAGAUUUAAUAAAAAAUUUGGCUGAUAUACUCAAUGAUAAAUUAAUUAUAAAAAAGUUCGAAAGGUUAGGUUCUUUACAUUUACAAGAAUAUAAUACAACAUUAGAAGAUGUUCAAACAGGGGACUGUAUUAUAACAUUCUCAAGAAAUAAUAUUAUGUUAUUAAAAAGAAUAUUAGAAAAAUAUAACAAAAGAGUUUUUGUAAUAUAUGGAUCCUUACCACCGGACUCGAAGAAAAAACAAAUAAAUAUGUUUAAUGAAUAUUGUAAAAAUCAUAUAGAUCAAACAGAUGAAACGACACAAAGAGAUCUUGAACACAAUCAACAUAAUGUACAAUUAUUAUAUGAAAAAAAAAUAGAAAAAUAUAAAAUUAAAAUAGAUACCUACAAACAAAGAUUGAAUAAAAACAAACUUAAUAAUAAUAUGAAAAAAUAUAAUGAUUCCAUUUUUUAUUACAAAAAUAUUUUGAGAAAAUAUUUUCAUUAUGUUAAAAAAUAUAAACAUCAUCAAAAAAAAAAAAAAGAAACAAUUUUAAUUGCUACAGAUGUUAUAGGUAUGGGUUUAAAUAUAAAUAUUAAAAGAAUAAUUUUUUAUUCUUUAAAAAAAUAUGAUGGUGAUAUAUUAAGAUAUUUAACUAUGUCUGAAUUUUUACAAAUUGCUGGUAGGGCAGGUCGUUUUAAUCCUUCAUGUACAAAUAAAUCUAUAGGAUAUAUUACAUGUGUACAUCUAGAUGAUAUCAAUAUAUUAAAAAACAUAUUUAAACAUAAAUAUAUAAAUAGUCUGAAUUAUAUAUCGACAGGUCAUCUAAAAAAAGGGGAAAGUGAAUUUCGUCAAUCUAAUCCACAUCACGUACACAAUAUAAAUAAUUUGUUGAAUAUUCAACAUUCUACACUAUUAAAUAUAUAUCAUAUAAUAAAAAAGGAAAAAAAUUUGAAAGAACACAAAAUAGAUAUAAUAGCAAACAAAAUGAAUGAUAUAUAUAAUAGUGCACACUACCAAAAAUCAGAAAUAAUAAAAGAUAUGCAUAACAAAAAUAAUGAUAGUAAUAAUAAUGAUGAUUAUGAUUAUGAUGAUUUUAUGUGCUCACGAAAUUUUACAAAUAAUUAUCAAGCCAAGGCAGGAUUUUUUCCAAACUAUCAUAUUGUUGAAGAGUUAAGAAAAACUUUAGAAUAUGAAUAUAAUUCAAAAAUAAAACUACAUGACAUACUUAAAGUAUUAGUUGAAUACGUAAAGUUAAAUGAUGAAUAUUUUUUUUUAACAAAAAAUUAUAAUAAUAUGAUUACUAUAACAAAGGAAUUAGAACAUAUUAAUUUAGAACAAAAUAUUAUAUUUACGUAUUCCUUAUGUCCCAUAAACAUAAAUAAUAUUGUUCUUCUUAAUACAUUAAAAACAUUUUGUAUGUCUCAUAGUAUAUUAGGUUAUGUAGAUUUUUUUAAUUGUAUGAAUAAUAAUAUAUUCUAUCAUGUGGAUGGAAAAAAAUAUGUUGAUCUAUUAAAUAAUGAACCCAAUAAUAACAAAACAAUAAAUCAUAACAUUUUGUAUUAUAGUAAUAUUCAAAGGGAUACUAAUAUAAAUAAAAGAUUGAUAAAUCAAUAUGAUGAAUAUGUAAGAGAACAUGUGAAAAGUAAUAUAAAUUAUAAAGAUAAUAAUAAUAAUAAUGAUAAUAAUAAUGAUAAUGAUAAUAAUUAUUAUGAUAUAUCAACUAAUAACUUUCAUUUUAAUAAAAAAAUAGAUACAGACAACAAUUUUUAUAUACAUUCACUAUGGGAAGAUAAUGAACGGCAAAUAAAAAGUAUAAACACACAAAAUAAUAAUCUUGAUAAUAUAAUCCAUAUCGAUGAAUACACCCAACUUUUAGAAAUCUAUUAUGAAAUUAUGGAUAUGUAUUGUUGGCUAUAUACAAAAUUCCCCGAUGUAUAUAAAAAUAUUAAUUUAGUAAGUAACGAAAAAAAAAAAGUCUCUAUGAAAAUUAUUCAUAUGCUAACACACACAUUUAACGAAAAUAAACAAGCGUGUUAA